UACAGAACUAAUAAGCCACCACCAACUGGAAGAGUUCGGGAAAGGUUGAAAGGAGAUACCGCAUGUCCGUCCGCUUCCCAGAAUCCCUCUCACUAGCAUCCAUCUUGGCUGAGCGAUGCGUGCGCCACCAGGAAAGACUCUGAAUUAGAAUGAUUGGCCAAAGACUACCAGGAAACUAAUCCCAUCACCAUAAAACCCAAGACUGUGAGCCACCGGCAGAGCAGUUCUCCUGGGUUCCCUCACCCUCCUGCUCUCCACCUGGGUGCCCUUCCCAAUAAAGUCUCUUGCUUUGUCAGCACAUGUGUCUCCUCAGACAAUUCAUUUCUGAGUGUUAGACAAGAGCCCAGUAUUGGGCCCUGGAAGGGGUCCCCCUUCCUGCAACAAAUGGCAACUCUGGUGGGACUCUUCACUGCAACUGACAUCCUGACCACUUGGAGUACUCAGGGGCCAGCUUGCCUGCCAAUGGACCAGAUCCAGCGGCCAAUACUGGGAACUUUUUGUCCCUGGUCUCCUCCUGAUGUGGACAACUGGCCAGACUGCCCUGACCGGCGCCACCGCCGCGGCCGCCGCAGCUGCUGCGUGUCCUCCGGCGAGCCGGAGUCUUCCUGCAGUACCCUCGGUCCCCGGCCGCGCGGAGCCGGGAUGCACUGCUCCUGCUGUGGGUCCUCAUCAUGGAGACCAAACGGGUGGAGAUUCCCGGCAGCGUCCUGGACGAUCUCUGCAGGUACUACUGGUUCAGGGGUACCUAGCAAAAUCAGGCUGGGGAUUUCCAAAAGGAAAAGUAAAUAAAGAAGAAGCUCCUCAUGAUUGUGCUGCUAGAGAGGUCUUUGAAGAAACUGGUUUUGAUAUUAAAGAUUAUAUUUGUAAGGAUGAUUACAUUGAACUUCGGAUCAAUGAUCAGCUUGCUCGUUUGUACAUCAUUCCAGGAAUUCCAAAAGAUACAAAAUUUAACCCAAAAACCAGAAGAGAAAUCCGGAAUAUUGAGUGGUUCUCCAUUGAGAAAUUGCCUUGCCAUAGAAAUGAUAUGACCCCAAAAUCCAAACUUGGUUUGGCACCAAACAAAUUUUUUAUGGCCAUUCCUUUUAUCAGACCAUUAAGGGACUGGCUUUCUCGAAGAUUUGGAGAUUCCUCAGAUAGUGACAAUGGAUUUUCCUCAGCUGGUAGCACACCAGCUAAACCCACUGUGGAAAAAUUGAGUCGAACCAAAUUCCGCCACAGUCAGCAGUUAUUUCCUGAAGGUUCUCCUGGUGACCAGUGGGUAAAGCACCGGCAGCCACUGCAGCAUAAACCAUAUAAUAAUCAUCACGCUGAAAUGUCUGAUCUUUUAAAGGCAAAGAAUCAAAGUAUAAGGGGAAAUGGCAGAAAACAGUAUCAAGAUUCACCUAAUCAAAAGAAAAAAACAAAUGGGAUCCACAGCCAGCCAGCCAAGCAACAGAAUCCCCUGGUGAAAUGUGAAAAAAAACUUCAUCCACGAAAACUUCAGGAUACUUUUGAAACAGAUGCUGUGUAUGACUCACCUUACUCCGGUGAAGACCAGUUGCUCGAACAUGCCGAGGGCCAGUCUGUGGCAUGUAAUGGACACUGCAAGUUCCCCUUUUCAUCCCGAGCUUUUUUGAGUUUCAAGUUUGACCAUAAUGCUAUAAUGAAAAUCUUGGACCUUUGACAGCAGCAAAUAUGGAAGUCCCCAAAUCAGAGACUUGUUGCAUUUGAGUGGGUGUCUCUUUGAGCCUUACCUUUCUCAGGUGUUUUAAAGAAAUGCAGGGAGACGAUGAUGUUUCUGAAGAGAUGUUCUCUGUGCAGAAGAGAGAGUAGAAAGAAACAUGAAUUUGCACUGUAAAUGUGGUUAUAACUUUUUAUACACAUGUACCUUUUCAGUGUUUGGCUAAUGAAUUUAAGUUGCUUUUUA